AUGCAUGCCCCAGAUCCUGCUCCUGGAAAUGAUCCUUUUUUAGCUGCUCCUGCUCCUGCUCCUGCUCCUGCUCCUGCUCCUGCUCCUGCUCCUGCUCCUGCUCCUGCUCCUGCUCCUGCUCCUGCUCCUGCUCCUGCUCCUGCUCCUGCUCCUGCUCCUGCUCCUGCUCCUGCUCCUGCUCCUGCUCCUGCUCUUGCUCCUGCUCCUGCUCCUGCUCAACAACUUGCUGCUAUUCCACCUGUUUCUGCUCUGAAUAAUUUAGAAUUACCUCUGCAUGCCCCACACCCUGCUCCUGCUCCUGUUGUAUACAAUGGACAGCAAUAUAAUCAUCUACCAGCUGCUCUAGCUCAGCAGCUUGCUGCACUUCCACCUAUUCCUGUUCAGAUAGGUCGAGGUUGA